AUGGAGGAGAAGCGCCAAGCUCCCUAUCACACACGCGUCAUCAGAAUGUUUUAUGACGGCUCUUCAGCCUUUCAAGCUGUGUCAAGGGAGAACGAUGGUUUCAAAGUGGUCACCAAUCAGCAAGGUUGUUCCAUCCCAUCUCUCACUCACUCCAGGCUAGCUUAUAACAUUUAA